AUGGGUGGAUUCGAAACAAAACAAACUAUUAAACCAAAAUUAUCUUCAAAACAAAUUGAAUAUUUAAAAAAACGAACACGAAUGAAUGAAGAUGAAAUUGAAAAAUGGUUUCAAGAAUUUCAUAAAGAUUGUCCCGAUGGUCUUUUAACACAAAAACAUUUUAUUGAAAUGUAUAAUCAAGCAUUUCCAAAUGGUAAUGCAACACAAUAUGCUAAAAGAGUAUUUGUUACUUUUGAUAAAGAUAAUUCAGGAAAAAUUGAUUUUAAUGAAUUUCUGUUAGCAAUGGAUUUAUUUGAAAAAGGUGAUUUAGAUGAAAAACUAAAUUAUGCAUUUGAAUUAUAUGAUAUUGAUAAAAAUGGAAUUUUAACAAAAUCUGAAAUUGAAAUAAUUAUUAAAAUGGUUCUUUCACUUCGUGGUGAAGGAAAUAAUGAUCGUUUAAAAGAUGAUAUAAUUACACAUCUAAAUAGAUUUAUUACAAAAUUUGAUGAAAAUGGUGAUAUGAAAAUAACUCCAGAUGAAUUUUCUCGAAUAUGUUCACAAGAUGAAUAUCUUAGACUUUUUUUAUCACCAAAUUUUUCUUCUUAA